UUCCCUUUCAGUCAUCAGCGAUCGAUAUUGUUAAUUUUUUUCUAGAAAAAAAUGGUUGACAAGACCGAUCCGGUUGUUAAAGACGACAUUGAGAUUGGCGGAACCUACAUGGUGAGGAAGGCAGAUGAAAACUGGUGUUUGGCGGAGGUUAUUCAGAAGAGGUUGACAGAGGCCGGAGACAAAUACGAGUAUUACGUUCACUAUGAGAACUUCAAUAGGAGAUUGGAUGAAUGGGUUCUUAGAGAUAGAAUUAUGCACUCAGGAUAUGAUGGAAAUGAUCAUGAAAUUGGACAGGAGCUAGGAGAGAAUUCAGACCGGAAGAUCACCAGAAACCAAAAACGGAAACACGAUGAAAUCAACCACGUGGAGAAAACCUUCGCGGAAAUGGAUCCCACUACUGCCGCGCUGGAGAAGGAACAUGAAACUUUGACCAAGGUUAAGUACAUAGACCGAGUACAAGUUGGUAGGUUUGAGAUAGAUACUUGGUACUUCUCCCCCUACCCUGAGGAGUACGGAAAGUGUUCUAAACUAUGGAUUUGUGAGUUCUGUCUCAAAUAUACUAGAUUAGAGAAAUCCUACAGAUAUCAUCAGUACGAGUGCACACAGAGACAACCAAAUGGAAAGGAGAUUUACAGGAAGGGAUCAAUAUCGAUUUAUGAGGUGGAUGGGAAGGAUUACAAACUGUAUUGUCAGAACCUUUGCCUGCUCGCCAAACUGUUCCUGGAUCAUAAAACUUUAUACUUUGAUGUCGAGCCCUUCAUUUUCUACAUACUCUGUGAAGUGGACAGAUAUGGAGCUCAUAUUGUUGGAUAUUUCUCUAAAGAAAAGGAAUCUCCGGAUGGGAACAAUGUUGCCUGUAUCCUUACUCUCCCACCAUACCAGAGAAAAGGAUACGGGAAACUGUUGAUUGCUUUCAGCUACGAACUCAGUAAACAAGAACAGGUGACUGGUAGUCCUGAGAAGCCGCUGUCCGACCUGGGUAAACUGAGUUACCGGAGCUACUGGUCCUGGGUGCUCCUGGAGAUACUCAGAGAUUUCAGGGGAACGUUAUCUAUAAAGGAUUUAUCUAAUAUGACGAGUAUAACACAGAAUGAUAUUAUCUCAACGCUUCAAUCUUUAAACCUUGUAAAAUACUGGAAGGGUCAACAUGUGAUCUGCGUGACCCCUAAGCUGAUCGAAGAGCACCUCAAAUCUGCCGAGUACAAGAAACCCAGCCUCACCGUUGAUAUCUCCGCCCUCAAGUGGACACCGCCGAAGAAACCAAACAAAAAACAGAAAAACUUUGUCAGCAUUCAUUAAUAUUAUAUAAAUGUACAAACUCGUUAUGACAUUGUAUUAAGAGAUGAAUUUAAAGAUAGUAAAUUAUGCAUUUAAUGCUGUGUCUGGAUCCGGAAAUGAAAUAGCCACGUGUUUCAGAAAA